AUGAAAGACGAAGAGUUGUCAUACGAUGAAUAUUUGCAGAAGAUCAUCACAGAAACAUCUAAAGGGUACGGAUCUGAAGACACUAUACACCCAGAGGUCAAUAAAAUAAUAUCGAAAUCACCUAAACUAAGGGAAUCACUACUUGAGCCGUACAAUAUAUACGAAGAACUGGCCGGGGAGGCCGAUGCAUGGAGGGAAAAGGUUUGGACGCAGAAGCAGAAGCCAUCUCCGGAGAUUGAAUAUGCAUACCUUAAGCACCAGGAACUUGCGCUAGAGAGACUAAUAUCAAAAACUUUACCUAAACAACUUGCAUUAAGGAACGAGUUUCUUCGAACAGGCGUGCUACAGGCUGAGAAUGCUGUUACUACUCAGGAACAGCAACUCAGACAGCUUGAACAACACAGAGCUGCCAUGGAGGCAUCUCAACAACAACAACUGGAUUUGUUGCACGACCGCUGGCGGGAGACGUUGAAUGAGAAUCUAAAAAGUACGCUAUAA